UCUUAUUUUUUUAUUUUUCCCCCACUUUAUAACACUCAUCAACGACACCCUUCAUUCUCACACAAACAAAUCCAUUUUCCUCUAAACGCCAAAAAGAAUGAAAAUCAAAACGGCAGAACUCUUUUGCGCAUCACCGGCCUCCACCGCCAUAUGCACCACCAUGAAUCAGCAUGCCAUGGUCCGCCGAGGCAGCGGCGGUUCCUCAACCCCAAGACCCAUAAACCACCGCCACCAUAGCUACUACAACAACCAUUACCAGUUUGAUUUUGGCGAUAAACCCAAAUUCAAAACACCUGCAAUUCCUUGUACGUCUCAACAACAUAUUGAUCCCAAGCCUUACGCUGCUUACCUUCAGAAAAGCAGAAAAAGCACCUCCACCACCACCACCGCCACCGCCGCCGCCACAGCGAAAAGUGGUGUUGGUAGUCGAAAUGGCGAUGAGAGUGAUCGUGCGUUAGUGGCGAGAAGGAAAAGCAGUGCUGAUUUGAAUGAUAGAAACUCUGGGAGAGGUUCUUCGUCUAGGUAUCUUCUGAACAACCCCAUUUUUGUGGCGGACUUGCAGGAUUCCGAUGGUGUUUGCAACGCCGGCGCACUGGUUGUUAGUGAACCAGCAUGGCCGGAUUACCAUGAUCAUUCACCGAGGAUCAAUAAGUCUUUGUCUUCGGGGAGGUCUCGUGGAACUGAUUCGCCGGCGUUGAUAAAAUCAAGAUCGUCGUCGACGUCAAAUCGAUUGGAUGCUCCGGUGGAAUCUCUUGGUUCGAAACUUUCGAGAUCCCGUUCCCGUGAUCAGGUUGUGGAGCUUAGGGUGUCGAUUCAUUGCAAAGGUUGUGAAGGAAAAGUACGAAAACAUAUUUCUAGAAUGGAAGGAGUGAAAUCAUUCCACAUAGACUUGGAAUCGAAGAAGGUGACUGUGGUUGGAGACGUAACUCCAUUGAGCGUUCUUUCGAGUAUUUCAAAAGUCAAGAGCGCACAGUUGUGGCCUUCUCCUUCUCCAUCUGCUUCCUCUUCGCCUUUCAUUGCCAUCGGAUACUAAAUUUGCACAUUUGUGUUCUAGUUUUUUCAUUUCUUUUUGUAAUGAAAUAUUUUAUAUUUUUAAUACUUACAAGAGUGCAUUUCAUCAGAAAAAAAAAAAACCCUAGAAGUUCUUACUUGAUCGAGGUAUAUGAGAACAUUAUUAGUAAAAUUAACACCUACUCGGGUCAAAGAAUUUCUUGA